AUGCAACUUGUACAUAAUCCCGACUUUCACAUCACCUUGGAAACGGAUCACAUAAUUCUACAUGGCAGUGUAGAAGAAUCAGCUGGUGUCAUAUUAAGAGGCUCAGUCAUAUUAAACUGUCAAGAAACAACCAAGGUCAAGUCUGUUUCCUUAAAGUUUAUCGGGAAAGCAAAAGUCAACUGGACUGAAGGACUUGGAUCCCAUCAAAAACAUUAUAAAGACGAAAAGACGAUCAUCAAGCAUGAAUGGAGUUUCUUACCGCUUAAACGUAAAACAUAUCAUUUACCCGAAGGACAUUAUAAAUGGGACUUUGAAAUUCCUUUACCCGGUGAUCUACCGGAGACCGUAGAUCAUGAAUUAGGUCAAGUAUACUAUCGUCUAAAGGCAGUCGUCGAGCGACCUACUUUCUCUAUAAACUAUACGGAUCGAAAAUCAAUACGCGUCUCUCGUAUGCUCCUCUCCUCCUCCCUCGAAUUGACACAGCCUAUGGUGAUCUCCAAUACUUGGGUGGAUAAAUUAAGCUAUGAUAUCAGCGUACCAAGCAAAGUAUUCACUAUGGGAAGCACUAUACCAAUUACAUUUGCUUUAUUGCCUAUUGCGCCUGAUUUACAAGUUCGAUCUGUCUCUUGCGUAUUAAAGGAAUAUAUCACGCUAACAUGUGCUGAUCAUUCAAAGAUGGAAGGAAAAGUAGUUAAACAUUUGAGAGACGAGAGCUUUUCAUCAGGACCAGAUGCAUGGACAAAGACAGAGCUACUACCAGUGCCCAACGUUCAAUCACAUCAAAUACAGACGGAUUCAAUUUGUGAUCUCUUAAAGAUUAAGCACAAGUUGAAAUUUACAGUAUCACUAGAAAACGCAGAUGGCCAUAUAUCAGAACUUAGAGCAGCCAUUCCAAUCGUGAUCGCAGAAGUUUCUCCAGAAGAUGAGAACGCCUUACCUUCCUAUGAGGAUGCUUGGAGGUCAGCACCAUAUGAUCCACAGCAAGUCGCUAAUCUUAUCGCAAGAGGGGAUUUACCACCGUCUAUUGCAAUUUAUGCACCGAAUGCUGCUGCUACAGUAGCCAAUAGCACGCUUAGCUCUUCAGAUACUGAAGAUGAAGAGUCCAGUACUCGUCCUUCGACUCCAACAAGUACUCAAAUGACCGAUCCAUGGGAAGGUAUUGAUCUGUCUAGAGUACCUUCUUAUACAACAGCCAUUAGGUCAAAUAGGCUAUAUAGUUUCUCUGGGACAUUGCCUGGAUAUGAAGCAGUUGUAGCCACACCAGGAAGAGCAAGAGACUAA